UCUCUUAGUUCUCAUUCAGUUGUAAUGUUGACACGAUGCGUAACAAAGAGCUCUGGUUCACAGUACGUCUUUUAAGUAACAAACUGCGUGAAGAUCAUUCGAUUAGCGAUGGAGGCGUGGUUUGCGUAUCGAUUCCCGCUCAGACCAGCACUCUACAGCUCAAAUACCAAGUUUAUCGAAAACUUAAUUUGGUCCAUAUUGUUGACGAAGAAAAGAUUGUCUUCAAACUUCGUGACCCAACCGGUGCUCUCGUUCCUCUCUCCAAUCAGUUGGAAUCUAACGACAGUUCUUGUCCGUUCGUCCUUGAGGUCGUAGAUAUCCACCAGCACAUUGAAGCCGUCGAUUGGCAAGUGCCUGCCCUGAACCGCAGCGAGAACUUGACGAGUCAAAUCGGCUCACUGAGCGAUCGAGUUGAAGAUUUGGAACACAGGAUGGACGAUUUAGCUGAAGACUAUGCCGAUAAACUAGUGGAAGAGUUACAAUUUCUAUCCAGUCAGACGGCCGAUCUUAAGAAGAUGAUGGUAGCCGAGAGUAAAACUGACUAAAAAUUGUGAAUUUCCCAAUCGGUUAUUAACCCAAUUCUUAAAAAAAAAAAAAGACUGAUACAGACAUUUAAAAUGUAGCGUAUGGACUUAAUAAAAAGAGUGCCACUUUC